CUAACCCACAGCUCCUUGCCUGCAGGAAGAGAUGUCGGGAGAAAGUGUGGUGAGCUCAGCGGUGCCGGCGGCUGCCACUCGCACUACCUCCUUCAAAGGGACCAGUCCCAGCUCCAAGUAUGUCAAGCUGAACGUCGGCGGUGCCCUCUACUACACCACCAUGCAGACCCUGACCAAGCAGGACACCAUGCUCAAGGCCAUGUUCAGUGGCCGAAUGGAGGUCCUCACGGACAGCGAAGGCUGGAUCCUCAUCGACCGCUGUGGAAAACAUUUUGGGACAAUCCUGAACUACCUGCGGGACGGGGCGGUGCCGCUCCCCGAGAGCCGCAGGGAGAUAGAAGAGCUGUUGGCUGAAGCAAAGUACUACCUGGUGCAGGGGCUGGUGGACGAGUGCCAGGCAGCCUUGCAGCAGAACAAAGAUGCGUAUGAACCGUUCUGCAAGGUGCCGGUCAUCACAUCUUCCAAAGAAGAGCAAAAACUUAUAGCCACUUCUAACAAGCCAGCAGUGAAGUUGCUGUAUAACAGAAGCAACAACAAAUAUUCCUACACCAGCAACUCUGAUGACAACAUGCUGAAGAACAUCGAGCUGUUUGACAAGCUCUCCUUGAGGUUUAACGGGAGAGUCCUCUUUAUAAAAGAUGUGAUUGGGGAUGAGAUCUGCUGCUGGUCUUUCUAUGGGCAGGGGCGGAAGAUCGCCGAGGUCUGCUGCACUUCCAUCGUUUAUGCUACUGAGAAAAAACAGACCAAGGUGGAGUUCCCAGAAGCCCGCAUUUACGAGGAGACACUGAACAUUCUGCUCUACGAGUCCCAGGACGGGAGGGGACCUGACAAUGCUCUCUUGGAAGCCACGGGGGGAGCUGCUGGUCGCUCCCAUCACUUGGAGGAAGACGAGGAGCGAGAGCGCAUCGAACGCGUGCGGAGAAUUCACAUCAAGCGUCCGGACGACAGGGCCCACCUGCAUCAGUGACCGACGGCCGCGGAGCACCCAGCUCUGUCCUGAAGGUGCUGCCCUUCCUCCCACGGAUCAGCUGCAGCAGAGGACCAGGUGGUUUAACUUCUGUCCAACAAAGUCUGUAAAUUACUUUUUUUUGGUAACAAAUUAGGUUAUUCGGGAUAUUUAAACGCGGUAGUUCUAGGAGAAGAAUAAAUAAGGUUGCUGGGCAUAACGCUAGAUACUGUAAGGACUCACUGAGCAGCUGGAGAAAUGCCCUGAAUUUUUAGCACUCUUGUCUUUGCUGUUUUGUGGCUAGAGAGGAAGAGGGCUGGCUUCCUUUGGCUUUAGUUAUUAUCCUGCACUUUAAAAACAAAACAAAAAAACCCCCACAAAACAAAAAAAAGGUCAGUCAGCCACACACCUUCCCCCCUGGGCACUGGGUGACCCCGUCUCCUAGACCUGCAGGGGUGAGAGAAGCGCAGUGAUUGAAACACCCCAGAGCUACUGCAGAGCUCCCUGUCUCCCAGGUCUGUAGGUGACAGGGUUGGUAGCUCAGGAGUGCCUCGGUGACGCCGGGAAGGACAAGUGACACGUGCUGACGUGACUCCUGUAGUGCUGGGGGGCAGAGGGAGCAGGGGGAGCUGCUCGGGCUCGGCUGGCUGUGGCUCCCUGCAGCUCUUGGGACCUGCUCCCUGAUGGGUUCAGUGAAACUCCUGCAGCACUGAGCUCUGGAGACCUGUCCCUGCUUUAUCCGUGCGAAUCAAGGGUGAAUGAUGUUAAAAUUCCUCCAAAAGGAGGAUUGGGAGCAAAUUGUAUGCGAUGAUUGCUUUUCCUUGGGGUGGUGUUGGUACCAGUGAGCGCUUUGAGCUUCCGCCUGAGCCCCGGUCUCGGCUGGAGAGUUGAUUUCCACCAGCCCGUGGGUCAGGAAGCUCAGCUUUGUGGUCAUGGCUGGGUUCAAACACUCCGUGCCAGGCUGGUGUCGGGAGGAGGCCAGCAGCCAGAGUUCAGUUCUGUAACUGAUACAGGAGCAUCGUCUUGCUUUGAGCGAGGGCAACGCGAGUACCAUGAGGAAGAGGAGUAGACAGCGGCCCAGAGGCACUUAUUCCUUGUUUUGACUUUAUCCUGAGCAUAUUCCAAGUCUUUUCAGAAAUGGCAGCUGUGUGUGAAAGGGCAGAGCUAAAAUGUUGCGUAGAGAAGAGCUCUCUAGUCUAGUUUUCUAAGAGUACUUUUCUAUUAUAAAUGAAUAUUUUAUCUACCUCCUCGUCUCUUGUUGCCUGUUGUGGAGUCAAGUAAUAAUUAUAGUGGAAGAUCGUGUAUUAUUCAGUAGGACUGGAUGCUAAAGGGUAAUGAGCAGAGCCACAGCUGUAAUGGUUAAUGUAACAAAUCCUGAGAGGGAGGAAAACCCUACAGAGGAAGUCUUAAACUCACAACCAGGCUGGCACUUUGGCAGAUACCAGAGAACUUUGGUAUCUUUAGAGGUUUUUGACCCUUCAUCUGGAAUAUCCGGAGCUGGUCUUGAUGGCCAGACAUCUCCUGCAGGGCAGCAGCAGCUCCGUGUUCCUCAGUGAGGUGGGUAUUUGCCUCUGCCUGACUUCCUGCUGGGAGGAUUCCUCCUCCUCCUGCCUCAGGGCCGUUAAUGGCAUGAUAAUGUAUUAAAAACCAAAGGUGUUGUCAGCAUCACCAGCUGCGUUACUCCAACGCUUCUGUUUCAAAGAGCAGUUACAUCCCAAACCAUGGAUAGCUUGUCUGUAGAGGCUGAAUUAAGCAUUAAGUGUUUGCUCAGUGGUACAAUUUCAGAUCAUCAAGUGAAGCUAAACUGAUUCCAACGUGAGGCUGAGGUCAUCCUUCUAGUAACCAAAGACUUCCUGAGUUCCAGACAGCUGGUGUCCGUAUCUCGUACCUGUCUCCUCUACUCUUUCUUCUUCAGCUACUGAUCUAUAAGUAAGAGCUCAAGAGCAAACAGCUCUGUCAGUUAUACUGUAGUUUGGCAGCUUCAGCUACACCCUAAUGGUUUCCUGUUUUAAGCUGUAUUUCCGUGUGUUUGCAGCACACCUGGGGUGUGUGGACGUCCAUAGUGCAGACGGUUGUUGUGAAGGACCCAGUGCCUCUCCCUCUUACCUUCCUCGUGUGAUAAGCUGGGGAGCAGGGAAAGAAAGUCCUCUGGAUUGCUGGGUUCCUUCAGCGCUGUGUACUUUGACACUUACUGGUAUGUUACUGGGCUGUUUAUGGGUGUCUGGGUGGCUGUAACAGCCCCACUGCCCUUGAAGGGGUCUUGACUCUGUGCUGUCAGUCUGACUCCCCUGUCUCGGUGGUCCCGCUGUGCUCCUGCUCACCAUCAGUGGCCCAUUGCUCUAGAAUACACCAGCCCUGCUCGCUGCAUUCAUUCAGGCUCUCUCCUGGGAGGCAGGAGGGACAGACCAUCUUCAUCCUCGCUGGGCUGAGCUCCCUGGGGAGGCUCCAGCCACCCAGACAAAACCCAGUCACAGCCCGUGGUGUGAGAGCAGGUUCAGCUCCAGGAGGUGGCAUGUGGUGACACCAGUGCUAAGCACCUGACAGAUCACAUCUAUGUGAUUAACUUCUCUGUAAAUAGAUUCUUAACUGGCUUCAGGAUUUCCUCUUUCAGGUUUUGCAAACUAAGUUCUUAAAAAAAACACAACAAACCAACCCAGGGGGUGAUUAUUUUUAGUCUUUGUACAGCAGUUUCUAUAGCUAUUGGUUUAGUAAGUCACUGCCCCAGAGUUUAAGUUUCAGUUUUGUUACUGCAUUUAUGGGCAGACUCUGCCUUAACACACUCCUGACUUAACCCUCUGCCUGCUGUGCUUGUGAAGUCGUGUCGCUGUCACCUUGGAACGUCCUUUACCUACUUCCCCCUUGUCCUUGGUCUGUGGAGAGAGACUUUGUUAAUGCCAUUGCACAAAUACUCUCAGCUCUUGAGCCUUUUUACUGUAAAUGGUUUUGCCUCUGGGGGUUUCAGGUGAGGACGGGGCCCAGGGGCAGAAGCAGCUCUUGAGAUUAUCUGUGAACAGGGGGGGCACAGACCUGUCUGCUCCGAUUCUCUGCACCCUACAACAGCCACUAACCAGGACAGUACAGCAGAGUGGAGCUGACUUAAAAUCUUGUGGAUGUAAUUUUGUCCAUCAGCGUCGUGCAGAAGAGCUGGAGUCAAAGCUACAGCUGGUGAGACAGAGCCACACCACAGAGGCAGGAGCGACCACCAGCCCCUGGCAUAAGUCUGCUGGAGAGAGGGUCUGCUCCCACCUCUGUCAGUACAGCUGUAGAACCAGAGCAGUCCCUCCCGUGUUUCCACAAGGCAGGUUUUGGGUCCCACCCUGAGCUCCACCUGGUGGAUCCAGGCUCCAUCUUACCUUAGAGCAACGGGGAGGUAGAACCUUUCGUCUUAACAAGGUUGGUCCAUAGGGCAAGAGCAGCAAAUUCCUCUGUUCUGAACAAUCAUUCCCUCCCACUUUAUACUUAUGCACACACAAAAAAAAGCUUAAGCUGGAUUUCAGUGUAUGGUUGAUGUUUGCAAUAUGUACUUGUUUGGUUUUUUUUUAAAUAUAACACAAUAAAUUAGAAGAUAUUUCAUAUUUA